CUUUGAACUUAGUUUUUGCUACUUUUAGUUUUUGACCUUUUGACCCCUCCCUCCCUUUGCAGGCCAGAAGUCCCCAGACUGUCAUUCCCUAUGUCAAGGUCAGCCUAUGGCCGUCAUUGCACCAGGACAACACGAGUUUGAAGGUCAUCGAAGUCUACCCAGAGGAAAUCGACCAAUCAGAAGCUUUACAUCCCCAAAUCCCCUUAACCACCCAAAACCACUAUCUGGGGUUCAUCACCAUAGUAACCCCAAACAUCAAAUAGUUAAACCACAGCAAUCCCCUUACAAGAAGGCGGGACCUCCUCUUUCAGCUGUUCCUGUGAAACCUCGUGCCAUACCUGUAAUCAAACCAAAGGCUCCAGAUGUUGUACUUAAGGCGGGUGCCGACCCAGAUAUCCAGAAAUCUGAGAGUACUGAGGAACUUUCUGCUGAGAUGGCCAAUUUGGAUUGUCUGAUGAAAGACUUAAACGCCAUCACACAACAGAACUUUGAGGUUUAGUGUUUGAAAUGGAGAGAAGAAUGAAAACUUUGGAGAACGCUGUAGGGAGAACCUUUAUAAUAAGUUGUCCUUUACUGCAACAUGGCAGCAUCAGUUUUGUGGAAAAUACUGUGUUGAAUUUUUCUCACACCAUUGUAGUGAACAAUCGACUGUGAGACGAGUUCAUGUGUUUAUUGAGUGGAUAAGAAUGACGGUGAAUACACACUCUUUUUAUUGUGGGAUUUAUCGAUGCUGCAAGAUAAAUUUGUAUUGAAGGACUAGAACAAACUGUAUCUAGAAUGAAGGGAUUAAAAACAAACAUUCAGAGACAUCGUGUGUAUAAAUCAGGAUCUAACAGACGUGGAUUAGAAACUGCAGAUUUGGAAUAGCGUCAUUACAUGGAAUGUGUUGGAAAGGGAGAUCUUCAAACAUUUUAGUGAAAUAUCAUAUUUUCUAUCAAUUCUGUCGAAAGAUGUGAUAACUUUGUAACAGAACAAUUCAUUUAAUUCUAAAAUCGAGCCUCAUUCUCAUGAUAAAUCAGCCUCUCUUUGAUAUGGACAACUCCAUGUCUGAGAUGGGGGUGAACAGAAUAUUUCAUUUUUACUGGUGCCUACAUAAUGAUUCAGAUAUUCAUUUCCUUGUAUUUUGUACAAUUUGAAAAUUUACUCACUUGAAAUGUUGCCAUACUAAGCCAAAAUUUUUCAUCAUAAGAUAAGUUUAACAUACAUCGAUCAUCGUAAACCGUAGCAUUUCCAUUGGCUGUUUUAUCACCUGUCUGACAUUGUUCAUGAAGAGAUCAAUUGACAUCGAACAUGAUUGUCAACUUGGAGUGCACAAAAUUUGAGAAUAUCAUACAGUUGUAUAUUGUUUAACAUAAUAUAGUUGUAUAUUGUUUAACAUAAUAUAGUUGAACACCGAUAUCUGGAAUACCAGAGGUAUGUUGAAGCGAGUUGGAAGUCCCAACUACAUUUUCUUUAUGUAUUUCAACCUCAAUAUCUCAAAACCUCAGACAUCUUGAAGUUUGUUCUGAACCCCAUAGAGUACGAGAUAGAAAGGUUUGACUGAUAUCCACUAGGUGUAUACUUUUAAGAUUUGGGUGUCAGUUGAUGACACUGUCAAAAUGUAACUGGCGUGACGUGUGCACUUUACACCGGUGUAGUAAUGAAAUGUCGCAUCAUUGAGAAGGAACUUUGUAAAAUGACAUAUUUGUUACUGGAAGUAAAUUCUAAAACAGAUUAAUAACCGGAUAAAACUGAAUCAGUGACCAUUCACAGAACAGGAUUAAACUGAAUCAGUGAUUGUUUGCUUAACAGCAAAAUAUGAUUUUGGCAAUCAUGGUGUUGAAAAGUUAUUGAAUCAUGAUUUCAUAUAGGUAUCUGGUUCCCGAUAAUGCAAGUACUGUAAGUAUGGUGUUUGUAGAACAAUUUCAUCACAAUCCCUUCAUGUCUGUAUUAUGACUGUGGUGCUAAUUUCAGUAAUAUCAAAAUUCCUGAUUUAAUCAUGUAAGCUUGUGUGUAUUAGUGUAGUCAAGGUCAGUUUUAUUUAUAAGUGUAGCAUCUUUAAUUAAGAGGGGAAGCCUAUGUAUGAGGAAGUUUACAUGAUUGGGAGGUGAACAUAUAGCUCCCUUAUACAGAUCUUUACUGCUGACUUUUUAGAUCUCAUUUGUACAAGUCGUGUUUAUGUUGAAUUUCGUAAUGUCACAGGAUGCCCAAGAUUUUUAUUGAUGCAUCAAAUGAAGUAGGAUUUUGCUGUGUUUACGAGCGAUGUUCUAUUUGAUCAAACAACAAUGUGAAUGGGUCAUUAAUAUAUGAAAUGUAUAAUACAUGAAAUAUACCCAUAAAAAGAGGUUUUGGAUUGAUUUUAAUUGUUCAGUUAUGUUUUUCCAUUGAAUUUUCAAGUAAAGAUUUAUGAAUAAUUAAAAAAUAAAGCUGGUUUCAUUGCGAAAAUAUGUGCUAAGUAUUGUUUUUAUUAGCAAUAUGAAAACAUUUACAACUAGUUCUAAAAAAUCCUACAGCAUUUUUUGGGAGUGGGUAUCCUAUGUCCUUAAUAGGUUAGGAGGAAGCUGGUAGCUUUCAUAUUGUGCUACAUGAAGCAGUUAUAUUGAACAAAUGAAGUCACUUUUUAGUUUUUAUACAUGCAUAUUUUUUUUAUUACUUUGAUUGGGAAAUGUUUAUUUAGGCACGCACUUAUUGUCUUCAUUUGGUUUUUACAACACACCUCGUUGAACUAAAUAUAUAUAUAUAUAUAUAUGUCACAAUAAACAUGAAGUGUAAGACUUCUUCCUAAUUUCCUAUGCUGCCUAGGAAUUUUUCACUUUAUGAAAACCAUGUGCUGGCGAUGGUCUAAUCAACAUACCUCGACACAUGACUGUCAUUGGUUAACACACCACGACACAUGACUGUCAUUGGUUAACACACCACGACACAUGACUGUCAUUGGUUAACACACCACGACACAUGACUGACAUUGGUUAACACAUCACAACACUUGACUGUCAUUGGUUAACACACCAUGACACAUGACUGUCAUUGGUUAACACACCACGACACUUGACUGUCAUUGGUUAACACACCACGACACAUGACUGACAUUGGUUAACACAUCACAACACUUGACUGUCAUUGGUUAACACACCAUGACACAUGACUGUCAUUGGUUAACACACCACGACACAUGACUGUCAUUAGUUAACACUUCACAACACUUGACUGACAUUGGUUAACACAUCACAACACUUGACUGUCAUUGGUUAACACACCACGACACAUGACUGUCAUUGGUUAACACAUCACAACACUUGACUGUCAUUGGUUAACACAUCACAACACUUGACUGUCAUUGGUUAACACAUCACAACACUUGACUUUCAUUGGUUAGCAUUGAUCUGUGCACAUUCAUGUUUUCCCUGUACUUCUAUGUAUAGAGUUUUUUUUAUAGUUGGCUUUUUUUCGACGGUUGUGUACUCAUUAUUUAUAAAGAUACAUUGUGUUUUACGUAUUUUUGUUUUUAUAGUAGUAUUCACAUUUAGCAUUUACCCUUGUGGUCACGUGACGUCACUAUUGACGAUUUCUGCUUAUGGUUGUGUUUGUAUCAUGUAAACAUUUGACCUCGAACAAAAUCUUCAAUGAAAUAAAAUUUCGUAAGUACA